AUGGAGAACGAACGGCGUAAAGAGUCAGAAAGCACCAUGGCCUCGCUGUCUACCUCUCACACGAUCAAGGACACCGCCCCAGAUGUCAUCGAAUGCAAAACCGACGGCCGAUCAAGCCAGGACCAACGUGGAAGUGACAAUGACGGCAAAUGUGAUAGAGACCAGGCAGACAAAGAUUUCUCAGCCCUCGAAGCACAGUCCCCAGACGAGCAGACAACAGUCCAUUCAGCUUUCACCAAAAAUGAGAAACGUUUCAUCAUUGCAAUGAUCUCCAUGGCUUCCUUUUUCUCGCCUCUGUCCGGCCAGAUCUAUUACCCAGUCAUGCCAACCCUCGUCGGGAACUACCAUCUGACUACGGCACUUGUUAAUCUUACGGUGACGACGUACAUGAUCCUGCAGGGUUUGGCACCGAGUUUUAUGGGUACGUUUGCGGAUUCUGGUGGUCGACGACCUGCGUACAUAUUGGCAUUUGUCAUCUACACCGCAGCAAAUAUAGGGCUGGCAGUGCAGGACAGUUUUGCGGCAUUGCUGGUGCUGCGUUGUCUCCAGAGUGCAGGGAGUAGUGGCACAGUGUCAUUCGGAUAUGGUGUCGUGUCAGAUAUCGCUACUCCAUCCGAACGAGGUCGGUUCGUUGGCCCCAUGGCAGCAGGUGUCAUGGUAGCACCAGCCCUAGGCCCUGUUAUCGGAGGUAUUCUGGCGAAGUUCCUUGGCUGGCGCAGCGUAUUCUGGUUCCUAGUAAUUAUCAGCGGUGGAUAUUUGGUCGUCUUCACCAUCACAAUGCCCGAGACCGCACGCAGGAUUGUUGGGAAUGGCAACGUGCCCCCGAAAGAGUGGUGGAGGAUGUCGCUGAUCCAAUACCUUGCUGAGCGUCGUCGAGUGAAGAAAAUGUCGGCUGAAGAGCGAGAGGAACAUGAAGCGCAACAAUUGGUGCUGAGCAACAGUGCGAGUCAUACGAGAAAGCUUAAGUUUCCGAAUCCAUUGGAGACGUUCGCAAUCCUACUGGAGAAGGAUGCGUUGAUUAUCAUCUCGUUUAUUGGCACGGUGAUGUUCGCGAAUAUUGCGCUGUUGACCAGCACGCCCAAUAUUUUCACGAAGAUAUAUGGGUUUAAUGAUCUUCAAAUUGGUUUAUGUUUUCUCCCCCUCGGAACCAGCGCCUGCCUUGCCGCCAUCCUCAACGGCAGACUCCUCGACUGGAACUACCGCCGCACAGCAACCCGCCUGGGCUUCCCCAUCGACCGCAAAAAAGGCGAUGACAUCCGCACUUUCCCCAUCGAAAAGACCCGCCUCCAGACCUUCUUCCCGUUAAUGUCCGUCGGUAUUCUUACUUACCUCCCCUACGGCUGGGUUCUACAACGGCGCGCACCGCUCGUGGCGCCUCUAAUCCUGCAGUUCAUCAUCGGGUUCUGCUUCGUUGCUGCACUUAACACGCUCAACACUCUGAUCGUGGAUCUAUUUCCAGAUCGGUCUGCCACAGCGUCUGCGGCGAAUAAUUUGGUUCGGUGUUGGCUGGGAGCUGUGGGCGCGGCGUUGAUUGAUCAGAUGCUUAACGGAAUGGGUGGGGGAUGGUGUUUUACGUUUUUGGGGUUGGUCAUGGCGGUUGGGUUAGGGUUCGUGCUGUUGGAGGGCAAGUAUGGGAUGGAGUGGCGGGAGCAGAGGCGUGUGAAGAUGGAGAAGAAGAGGGAGGAGAAAGAGAGGAAGGAGGAAGAGAAGAAGCAGAAGGGGGAGGAGCUGGAAGAACGGCAGCAGAACGGGACUGGUUCUGGCAAUGGUAAUUCUUGA